AUGAUGGUGUUACCAUCGAAUAAGUAUACAAAUGAGCAGAAUAAGUCAAAACAACAAGCAACAAUAUCAUCGAAGGAACCACAAUUCAGUACUUCAUCUUUCACAAAAGCACUAACAAAUACACAAAAUACUGAUUCACUAUUUAAAAAAACGCAAAAUUAUACUUCAUCUCAGAUAAAAGCACAAAAUUCUCUUUCAUUAACAACAGAAAGACAGACUCAGGUUUCACCAUCAACAAAAGUAGACACUUCUGUUCCAACUUCGAUCAAACCACAAAUUAUCAAUCCACGAUUCGAAAAAACGCAAACAAACACUCCAUUGCAAGCAAAACCACAAACCUCAACUUCACCAACAACAGAAAGACAGAAUCAUGCGUCACCACCACCAAAACUAGAGACUAAUGUUCCAACAGCGAUCACAACACCAAUCGUUCGUUCAUUAUUUACUAAAACUCAAGCUAAUGAAUCAUCACAAGGAAAAUCACCAACUUCUAUCCUACCUCCUAGUGCAGUGCAUAUUUCUACUCAAACAACUAAAAAACUAAAGACUUCGGCUCCAUUACCUACAGAAACACAAGCUUUUGAUUCGUCAUCAUCAGACACUGACAUUAUAAAUAUUCUUCUUUUGGGUGAAACUGGCGUUGGAAAAUCGACUUUCAUUAAUGCUUUUGUCAAUUAUCUUACAUUUGCAUCAUUAAAACAAGCUGAAUCAAGCAAACCUGUAGUACUUAUACCUGUUUCAUUUCUUAUGACAGUCGGUGAUAACUUUGACGAAUGUAUCGUUAAAUUUGGUGAUAUAGAUGACUCAAACAAUGAAGAUUUUGAUCAUCCUGGCCAAGCUGUUACACAACAUUGUAAAUCAUAUGUAUUUAAUCUGAAUGACAGCGAUCAAAGAAAGCUACGUAUUAUUGAUACACCUGGUUUUGGUGAUACACGAGGUAUUGAACAAGAUGAUCUCAAUAUGGAACAUAUUUUAGAAUAUGUGAAUAAUCUUACUCAUCUCAAUGCAAUAUGUUUUCUUCUCAAACCAAAUGCAUCACGACUGAAUAUCGCCUUUCGAUCAUGUUUUACUCAAUUAUUUUCUCUUUUAGAUCCAAAUGCUUUUAGCAACAUUAUCUUUUGUUUUACUAAUGCUCGAUCAACAUUCUAUACUCCUGGAGAUAUUGCGCCACUGCUCAAUGAUAUGCUAAAUUCUCUCUCCAUGGGUGAUAUUCCAUUCAAAAAAGAGAAUACAUUUUGUUUCGAUAGUAAGUGGUUUCCCUGUUUGAUUGUUCAACAAAAUGGAAUUGAGUUCGAUGAUGAUGAAAAACAUGUCUGUGAAAUGAGUUGGUCAACUUCAGUAACUCAAUCAAAUCGUCUUAUUGCUUAUAUUCGUAGAAACCUCACUAUUUAUCGUAUAGACAGUAACUUACAAUCAAUAAAGCAUGCUCAAUAUGAAAUCAAUCAUAUAAUUCGUCCAAUGUUAGAAACAAUGCGAAAUAUUCUUCGAAAUCUUAUUUUGUACAAGAUGAAUUCUUCUAGAACAUCUAUUGAAUUACAUCCAAGAGUUCUUGAUCAUUCCAUCACAAUUUGCUUAUCAUGCAAAGAUAAAGUUGUUGAAAUUGGAAACUUUUUAGUUACAUAUGAUGUUCCUCAUAAAAUCGAAAAGAAAUGUCACAGUUGUCAAUGUCCAUACAAUCAACAUCGUUCUAUUGGACACAUACUUGAGUAUAGACUUUUAAAUAAACCUUCAAUAUAUGAUCGAAAUCAAAUGAAUGAUAUGUUGUAUGAGUUAUGCCAUGCAAGUGCUGAAUUUUCUUAUUUUCUAUAUCAUGUUGCUCAUUCAUCAAACGAAGAUCAAUUGAUGUCUGGUUUAUUACGAAUGAUUCAACAAGAAGUUGAUAUAUGUGAAAAUCAAAAGACAAACCAUAAGAAUUCAGAGUUGGUAAAAGCAUUGAAUGAGCUUAAGUGUAUCUAUGAAGAACAAAUAAAUGAAAUGAAAUCGAUGAAAGAAUUAAACAAAUUAUCUUAUAUUUAUCAACGAAUAAAUGAUAUUAGUAAAUAUCCAAUGGUAUGUGAGCAGAUGGUUGCCGUUAAACAAGGACAAAAGAUGAUAAUGAAAGAAAAUGAAUAUGAAGUACCUAAAAAUUUAACUAAUUCAUUUGUUCAUUGGAAAUCCUCUUAA